CCUCUUGGUACACAAACUGCUCUAUAAAACACCCAGAGGGCAAAGAGAGAAGUCAAAGUUUGUGAUAUUCUUCAGCCUGACAGCCACUAUGAACCUCAUCAAAACCAAAGGUGCCCUGGGGAUCAGAGGCCACAUCAUGCGCUAUGUUCUCAUUGGCCUGUUGGUGUCUGAAGCCAUCUCUCAGGCUGCAAGCAGUCCAGAGGAAGAAGUAGCCUUACUAAAGCUGAGACUAAACUCUUUGAAGACUCGCUACAAGGACCUGUGUAACCAGUACUCCGACCUGGCAGCCAACUGCUCAGCUCCAGGGCUCACUUGCUCCGAGUGUCCUCCCCAGUGGUUUCAGGUUGGGGAUCAGUGCUUCCACAUCAGAACUGACAAGAAGGACUGGAUUGACAGUGAAAAUAACUGUACAGCAUCAGGCGGACAUCUUGCCAUCUUAACCACUAGAGAAGAACAUGAAGCCGUGGAAAAAGAAAGCAGAAGGAUUGGAGGGUUUUACAAAGACUACUGGAUUGGACUGACUGACGUUGAGACUGAAGGAGAAUGGAAAUGGGUGGACAAGUCAAACCUUACAAACCCAUUUUGGGACAGCCUGAAAUCGGAGCCAGACAACAACCAGUCCGGUGGACCGGAGGGAGAGGACUGCGUGGUGGUGGACGGCCACUCUCAGACCUGGUUCGAUGUGCCCUGUACCUUCCUGUAUCCCCGAAUCUGUCAGAUGGACGCCAUCCCGCUCAAGUGACCUCCCUCCGCCCUCCCUCACCAUCGGACCACUACACAUAUAUGAAAGAUUAUGAUGCUUUAUUGAAAAUAUUCAUCAUUUACUUCUUUAUG